AUGGCCGUUGACAAUGCUGUCCGUCGCCCCUCUGGGGUCUCGGUCGAACAAGGCGUGACCAACACUAAUGCUGAUCGAACCCUGGAGGACAUGGGUUACAAACCGGAAUUGGCCCGCAAUCGAUCCCUCUGGCAGGUCACUUUCAUGUGCUUUAUUCUCUCCUCUGUUCCCUAUGGCUUGUCAACUACUUUGUACUACCCACUUGCUGCUGGUGGGCCUGCCAAUGUCAUCUGGGGUUGGGUGAUCAUCUCAUUCCUGAUUCUCUGUGUGGCUAUCUCCUUGGCGGAAAUCACUUCGGUCUAUCCUACAGCUGGUGGUGUCUAUUACCAAACCUUCGUCCUCUCCCCACUGUGGUGUCGUCGUGUCGCAUCUUGGAUCUGCGGCUGGUCCUAUGUGGCGGGAAACAUCACGAUUACCCUCGCCGUUAAUUUUGGAACCGCACUCCUCUUUGUGGCUUGUUUGGAUGUCUUCGAGAAAUCUCCCGGUGUGGGCAUCACCGAUGACUUCUCCACAUAUCAGACCUUCCUGAUUUUCUUGGCGAUCACCCUGCUGACCCACGCCAUUUCGGCGUUCGGAAAUAAAUGGCUGCCAUGGUUGGAGACCUUUGCUAUUUUCUGGACAAUGGCUGGUCUGCUUGCCAUCAUUGUCUGUCUGUUGGCGAUUGCGAAACAAGGUCGCCACGACGCUGCCUGGGUAUUUGGUCACUUUGAGCCUCAGGCAGGAUGGCCUGCAGGAUGGUCGUUCUUUAUCGGUCUCUUACAGGCUGCUUACGCAACUUCGGCGACUGGCAUGAUUGUUUCCCUUUGUGAGGAGGUUCAAGAACCCGCUGUCAUGGUCCCCAAAGCCAUGGUGGGAACUAUCGUCAUCAACUUUGUCGCCGGUCUUCUCUUCUUGAUCCCCGUGUGCUUCGUCCUUCCCGAUCUGACUUACCUGGUGAACCUGGCCUCCGGUCAGCCAACCCCCGCCAUUUUCAAGGCCGCUAUUGGCAACUCGGCUGGUGCAUUCUGUCUAUUGAUCCCAUUGCUUGUACUGGGACUUAUCUGCGGUGUUGGUUGCGUGACUGCCACCUCCCGCUGCACCUGGGCUUUUGCGCGCGAUGGCGGUAUCCCCGGCUCAGGCUGGUGGAGCACUGUGCACAAGACCCUCGACAUUCCUUUCAAUGCCUUGGUCUUGGGUAUGGUUGUGGAGAUCAUUCUGGGUGUGAUCUACUUUGGUUCUACUGCUGCUUACAACGCUUUCUCCGGUGUUGGUGUCAUUUUCUUGACCACCAGCUAUGCCUGUCCAGUCGCCGUCUCUCUGAUCUUCCGUGGUCGAGAGGACAUCAAGAAUGGCAGCUUCAACUUCGGUGUUUUCGGCUUGAUUGCUAACGUCAUUGCUCUCGGCUGGAGUAUUCUUGCUAUUCCUCUUUUCUGUAUGCCAACCCUCAUGACCGUCACCAAGGAGAGCAUGAACUAUGCCUCUGUGGUGUUUGCUGGAUUCAUUGCCAUCGCCGCAAUUUGGUACGGAGUCUGGGGCUAUCACAACUACCGUGGCCCCCCAACCGAUGCCGUGGAGCGAGAUGAGUCUUCAUCCCCCUCACCUAUGUCCUACGGCGAAAUUCCUAAGAAAGUCCCAACCAAUUGA